GGGUGGUGCUGCAGUCCCAGUGCCACAAUCAAACAUGUUAGAAAGAGUUUUGUGCAGCUCUGCUCUCUGACUCACCAUGAAGCUGUACGUGAUCAUUUCACUGUGUGCUCUGCUCACAUUCACCCAACAGGCACCUCCACGAGAAAAGUGUGCAUGCGAGCUGAAUAACUCAGAGAAGGCAUUCCCUCAUGAAAAACUCAGGAUAGUUGAAACCAACGCAUCAGACUGCAACAGCAACAUCACCCCACAGAAGACUGUGGAGCUGGAGAGUCUGCUGCUGGGGUUGGAGCGUCGUCUUUCCCAGCUGAACAAAGACGUGCUGAUCCUGGAGAAGGAGGAUGACGGAGAGCUGUAUGGAGUUCUCAGCUUGUAUGUUAUAGAGAAUGAAAUGACUGAGAUCAAGCAGCUGAUUGACAAGCUCAACAGCACCACCCAACAACACCAGAUCCUCACUGCUAACGCCACUGAACAGCUGGAGAACUUUAAAGCAGAGAUGCAAGAGCUGGAGAAGUUCGACACCAUGCAGGUGAUAAAGGGACAACAAGUCAACUCUGCUCUGAAGGCAGAUCUAUUCAAGUGCAACAAAAAAAUGAACACUACCGUCACACCCACUGAGCCUCCACAGGGUACGUGUCCACGCAGCCGGCUUCUUAAUGUCACUGGACCAAGGGUCUACACAGCAGGAGAAUAUCCUGGCUCUUACGCUUACGGAGCCUGGGGCCGUGAUCCAAGACCAGAGGAAGGCAAAGAGAGCUGGUACUGGCUGGUGAUGAUGACUUCGAGUAACAGAUACUCCAACUAUGUUCGUUUUUACAGCAGUCUGAGUUCUCUCAUCAUUGGAGUGAGCGUCCCAGGUAACGUCCAGAUCCACUCCUCAAACCCAACUACCAACACCAUCCAGGGUCCAAAUAAUGUUCUGUAUGGAGGGGCUUUGUACUACAACUGUUACAACCAAGAUUAUGUUUGUCGAUUCAAUCUCACCACUAAAAGUGUCACGACCUUACAACUACCAAAAGGCACCAGGUACAACUCAAAAGGUAACUUCUGCCAUCUUGAGGAUUGCUACCCAUACACUGACCUGGACCUGGCAACAGAUGAGUCUGGCGUCUGGGUGGUCUACACCACCACCCAGGACUUUGGCAACUUGGUUCUCUCCAAGCUAGAGGAGGGUGAAACACCAGUGCUUGGAAAGACCUGGCGCACUUCAGUCUACAAGCAGGCAGUGACCAACACCUUCAUGGCGUGUGGCGUUCUCUAUGCGACACGUUACAUUAACAGGGAGGUCGAGGAGAUCUUUUACUCAUUCAACACCGUAACGGGACAGGAGAGGUUCAACAUUGGCAUCUUCAUGAACAAAAUGUCCACCAACAUUCAAAGCCUAAACUACAGCCCUGUGGACCAGAUGCUGCAUGCUUACUGUGACUCCAACAUGGUUUCCUAUAAGGUGUUGUUUGGAUAAAUAGAUACGGUUGUUUCAUUUCUGCAAAAUUGAUUGAUUUCUAUUAAAGCCUGAAAUUCAAAUAGGUGCUCCAGUAAAAUGUGGUAUAGCCAACACAGUUUUUCCUCAAGAUCUUUUAUGUUUAAUGCAUCACAUUUCAUAAACAAUGUAUUUCUCCAUUAAGCUAAUUCUACCAGUGUAAAUAAAGGGUUCAUCUUU